AGCGGUGUCGCGGUGUCCGUGCUAAAGUUCGUGCUUCAUAGAGCGGAACUGCGGAAGGAACCUCCCUACCAAAAGUAAAAUGGAAAAGCACUAAGACGCACGAGAAACUAGUAUGAUGACAAAAGUAAAUCUUCCCUAUAUUGGAUCCGGAUCCAUACGCAAGAGAGUGAAGAAGAUUUGUUCUCUCUCUCGGAUCCAAAUUAUAUGCGGUUAUUGUUAGUUCCUAGUUCACUGCAGUCAAGCGAAUCACAACCGUACCAAUAAUCUAAUGAUGUAGUUCCUAGUUUUUAUUCUGCUACUUCGAUUUCUCGCAGCCGCAAUGCAAUUUCUCAGACGCUUUGAUUUAAUUUUAUCCACGUGUCGGUAAUCUGUUAAAGGAACUGGAGAACUGGAGCAUAGAGGCACUUUGAGCAGAUCUGAACUCUUGUACUUUUGAAUCUGUUUGGGUGCUUGAUUAACUAGUUAUAAUAAUGGCUGCUCUCAAACCUGGUGUCAUUGCUUUGUUUGAUGUUGAUGGGACUCUUACUGCUCCUAGGAAGGGGGCUACUCCAGAGAUGUUGAAAUUCAUACAAGAACUAUGUAAGAUUGUAACGGUUGGAGUUGUUGGCGGUUCUGAUCUUGUGAAGAUAUCUGAGCAACUUGGCCAGACAGUUACCAAUGACUAUGAUUAUGUAUUUUCUGAGAAUGGUCUUGUGGCUCAUAAGCAAGGAAAGCUCAUUGGAACUCAGAGCCUGAAGACAUUUGUUGGGGACGAAAAGCUCAAGGAAUUUAUUAAUUUUACGCUUCAUUACAUUGCUGACUUGGAUAUCCCUAUUAAGAGGGGAACAUUUAUAGAGUUCCGUAGUGGGAUGCUGAAUGUGUCGCCGAUUGGGCGAAACUGUAGCCAAGAAGAAAGAGAUGAAUUUGAGAAGUAUGACAAGGUUCAGAACAUCCGCUCAACAAUGGUUUCUAUACUUCGCGAGAAGUUUGCACACCUUAACUUAACAUUUUCCAUUGGAGGACAGAUAAGCUUUGAUGUUUUCCCUCAAGGUUGGGACAAAACAUACUGCUUGAGAUACCUUGAUGAUUUCAAGGAAAUCCACUUUUUUGGUGACAAAACUUACAAGGGUGGAAAUGACCAUGAAAUCUAUGAAUCUGAACGGACUGUUGGUCACACAGUUACCAGCCCUGAGGAUACCAUAAAGCAGUGUAAAUCUUUGUUCGUGGAAAAUUAAGAUUUUGCAGCUGCACAUCAUUACUGAUACUGAACAACAUGGAGCAAUGUUUUACAGAGAAGACCACAGGAUUCAAAUCUCGUAAAGCCUAAACAGUCUUAAAUUGUUUUACUGGAUUUUCCAUCAUCUGUGAUAGAGUACUUGAUUUGUUCUAGUAAUCCUUAAUUGUAAUUGAUUUGUUUCCUGGAAAUAAUGAAGUCACUAUAGUUAAAUUUCAUCUUUGCUUAUUCA